AACCAUCCCUCCAGCGCCGCACUGCCCCCAAUUCCCGCGGCCCCCACCAUCCCCACCAUCCCGGCGCACCACCAUCCCCCAAUCCCUCCGGCGCGCCACCACCUCCCACCCUCGCGUCGCCCAACCAACCCACCCCUCCGACGCGUCGCCGGCGUCGGAUCCGCGCGUCGCCGUUCCUGCCAACCACCGGGUCGAGGGGUGCUGGAUCUGCCCCAUCGCCGUCCUCCCGCGUCUUCCCGACGACGGAUGCGCCUAGCGGGGCCGGUGAGCUCGGGGGUCGCCGGUGGCUCUCUCCUCCUCGUUCCUCUACCUCCUCCCUCCCAUCCCGCUGCAUCCAGCCCGGGCUUCUUCCUCUCCGACCACGGCCCAAAGUCCCUGAUCCCGCCUCUGCUCCUCUCCCCCGCUCAGCCACAGCCCCCCCCCUCGUCUUCUCCGGUUGCCGUGGAAGACGAGCUGACAGUCGGGGCCUAGCACGCGACCACGAUGUGCCGGAGCUCACCCCCGUGAACAGGCCCCAAAGAGGUAGGGAGAAGAGCUUCGACGCGUGAGGUCGCUGGCGCCCCCUUCUCAAAGUGCAGUAUGUCAUGGUCGCGCGUGCAGUUCGCCUCUGCACUGAUGCACUUGCUCCCCGACGCAGGUCGUCUCGUUCAUCUAUGCAGUCCGCCGACACACAAUUUUGUUUGUGCGGCCAAGAGGUCCUGGGAGGGCCGCCCCCAGCACAAGCAACCAAAAAUAUGGGGAGAGGGAGGCGCUUCCGCUUGGACGUUGGCGACCUCCAGCUUGCGGGGAAGCUCCGGCUAGCGCGGCCAACAUGGCUCCAAUGGAGAUGCCGACUGCCAUGGCUCCACUCGGCCGGAGUUUGCUGCAGCCCACAUCUUCAACGGGGGCAGCUCACGGCCCACCGGCGUGCAGUUUCGACAGCGGUUGUUUGCAUAUUGUUUCUGCUAUUUUAUUUUCCAGAGAUCCCAUUUGUUGUCUGGACCCCUUUUCAUCUUGCAGUUAGCUUCGUCGGUGGCAUGCAGUGUCGACCCACAGCUCCCUCACCUCCCCACUCGUCCUCUUCUGCAUGGAUCCAGUGGUUGCGCACCUCCCCAGCGAGCCCUGCUUCCUCGCGACAAGCUCCGGUGUCAUCCCGUCCGUGCUCCUGCCCCCCUCCCCCUCCCAUUCCAUCGAGCUGGGCAGCGCUUUCCGCGUUCAUGUGGGAUCCGGCGAGUUCCGUAUCACUUGCAGCUCUCUUCGCCAAUCCGUGCAGUUGGCAUGUUUCGCCUGAUGGAGUCCCCGCCGCCGAGUCAGCCAAGGCGACCGUCCCUGCAGCCUGCAGGUGCCUCUACCUCGCACCGUCGCGGCCGUCCCCCGCCUUUCACUACUUCGGCGAUGACGCGGACCUGUUGGUCACGCUGCGGUUCACUCAUGGUCAGUUAGAGACGAGAGGACAACAACGCCAGCAUGGGGUCUGCACUGCAUGGGUGUGGCCGGAGGGGUGAACCGAUGACCCUCGCAUUACAAAUGCGAUGCUCUAACCUCUGAGCUAAGUGGGCUUACAUAACGGAUCAUGGGGUGUGUGGGCGUCGUGGGAGGCGGAUGAGGUAGCCAACUUCCGUUGGGGAGAAGUUACAAUAUUUACCAUGGAAACAUUAUGAUACCAAAAAUUAUGAAAUAUUGAUAAGAAAAAAAGUAGAACAUAUGGUUUCGUGAGAGGUUAUAUUUUUUCUUAUCUCACAAUUUUUGGGAACAAGUAAAAAUAGGGGUGAUAUGGCACAAACGUAGCUGCCACGUCACAUGACAUGGCGUACACGUAGGUGCCACAUAAUCAUAUUCCCGUUUUGACGUCCAUCGUUGGCUCCGUGGCCGGCCAGCGUGGGACACCGACCGGUUCAAUCAGCUGCAGGUAGCAAACAAAAUGCUCCCCGUCAGUCGGCCGGCCGCGCCGGAAUUUGCCGUUCCGUUCUCGCUCGCUCGCCGCCGCAGCCGCCGACCCCGUCAGGUCCAGCGGGCCUUGUCCUCUCCACCAACCAUGGGGAUCCGCUCCAAGCCAUCCCGACGUGGCGCUCGCCCGUACGGCUGCCUGCCAGCCGCGUCCACAUCCACACCGCGGCGCGCGGCAGCUGUUCGACGGAAUGCCAGCCGCGCCGUUAGACGCCAUCUCUUCUCCUGGACCACGCGCGCGCGCACGCUGCUAACCACGACUAUGCCGCGUGGGCCUCUUCUUCCACGGCAUUACCCCGGCCGCCGCGACGCAAUGGCGUUCCCAAGGUGCGCGAAUGUCCUCCUUCUCCUUUCUGCUCUGCCUCGUCGCUGCGAUUGGCAUACAACUCUCCUGAUCGGUCCUGAAAAGACUUGAUUGUUUUAAUGAAAUAUGCCAAUGCAAGUGCGACGAUGCUGAUCGACCUUUUCUCAUGUCUUCGUCGGCAAAAAUAACUUUUCUUGUCUGGAAAAAGAUGCUGAGCGAACAAGGUGGGCCUUACUCUAGCUCGGGUCACGAUCCUCCUUCCUGAUGAGCGUAUUUGUUUGAGUGGAGGUGAGCUCCCAGGGACUUGUUGAUGUUUGUGGAUCGUGUAUAGGUGUUCACAAGCUAAGCUUUUGCUGCAUGAUAGGGUAGAGCCAGAACGCAGCUUCCUGCUUCAUCGUUGUCAUCGUGUCAUUUGUGUGUCAUUACAUUAUAUAUAUCAAAAUUUUGAAUGUUGUGAAGAUAUAUAAUGGAACAGUUAGACCCUGGAUAAGUUAAUCAAGUUGCUCGUUAGUUUAGAGCCAUAUUUUUAUCUGUGCUAGUACAGUGGAUAGGACAUAGAUGCUUGCAGCUGGCAUUUGUUUUAGGCAUCCUAAACAAGUUGCUUUUGUUUUGUAUGUACAGUCAUAGUGGAGUAAUGGUAGAGUUGGCUGGAUAUGACAGGAGGACCUGGCAUAGGAUAGCAAGUCUUGGUAUCUGAUACCUUGUUUAAUUUGUGUUUUGAGACGUACGAAUGCCCUGAUGUCAUGUGUUAGAGUUGACCUGUAUGUUAAGAAAGAUUGCCGUUAGGUGAAGGAGCUUAUACACUAGCAGAAUCCUUAUUUCUUUCAUGAUGGUGUAAAGCUGCGACGGAUUAAGGUACUGAAAACCGCCAUAAAACUUUUCUUGUGAGGUUUCCUGACGCAUUACUUGACACAGAUCCUUAUCCAGGGAGAGCUAUUAUUCCUGGAAGGACUGGCAUGGAAAGCUUCCCUGACGGUUACCGGUGAUGGUUAGCCUGCCAGUAUUGUACAGUUCCUGGGAGAUACAUGCCCUGUCAGUAUGACACAUGGAUCAGCAAUUUGAGCUAUACCAAACAAUAUGUCCUUCACUAAUUUUAUGUCUCAUGUGUGCAAGUCCGCACCUAGACCCAAAGUGGUCGGACCCUUCCCCAGACCCUGCGCAAGCGGGAGCUACAUGCACUGGGGCUGCCCUUUUUGUGCAAGUCCGCACCUUGAUCUCAGGGAUAAUCAGCAUUCUGGUAUUGAUACGCCAUCUUGGUCAACUCAUCAUAUUAGUAUUACGGAGUAGCUGAUGAGAUCUUUUCUACAAAGCGCUGCAGGACUUGCAAGUAUUAUAUUGAUAUAGUAGUGUGUGUAUACUUACACAGGGAGGUGCAUGUACAAAUGGAAGGAAGAAAGCCCACCAAGUUUCAGAGCUAGCUGCAGCGCAUGCCCAGCCUCAUCAGUUUCUUGCUACCAAUCCUAACAAAACCAAGAAUUUUUCGGUAGAAACUAGUGAGGAGCAGCAAGGGUGUCAUUUCAUGAGUGAAAAGAAAACCUGGCCGCCAAUCUACAUAUGCAUUCUCUCUGAUGAGAUUUGUAAGCUCUUUCGGAAAUAUUGAAACAAUGCAGAGCGAAAGCUCUGAUUAAUCUAUGAUCUGUAGAAAUGUGCAUGGUCAAGUCUUCACUGGCUUGCACAUGGAAAUGAGCAUGGCUAUUUUCUGCGGUGGGUUUGGCGUGGAUCUAGAUGAUUAAUCUAAGUUAAUUAACUAUGAACCGCAUGCAUGCAGCCUCGUUAACAUUAGGCAGCGUGAAUCUAGAGUAUAACUAUAGUUAAUAAUAUCCUGCCAAUUGUUGGCCCUAGCGUGAACGUAGAGGUGAUCCAGUCUCUAUUAGUAGCUCGCAAGGAAAAAAGAAAGUAUAAAAUGGAAAGCAACUGGGAGCUAACUCUGUAGGGUAAGUUCAGUGCAGGCCCAUCCUGUGAGAGAGACCUGUUGGAAUGCGUGUCUCGUGUUGGGUUAAGUAUUGCACAUGCUUAAUUUUUUAGACUCCAUUAUUGCAGAGGGCCGGUACCUUGUUAAGUUAUUCACUUCUUUCUUUCGUCUACCUCACUUGCAGCUGCAAUUCAAUGCCAUCUUCUCCAUAACCAGUAGGUGCGAACUAUUCCAUUUUUCUCACAGACCAGAUCUUGAUAGACUGUUGAACCAGCCGGCAUUCGGUGCUGCUCGCUUUGGCCAUGGAAUAGUCCAAGCACACGCUGCAAAUUUCAGGAGUAUAGUUAACCUGGGGCCAAGAUAAGCUGUUCAUCAAGAGAUGGCUGGAAUAAUGGUGAGUGCUUCUACUGGUGUGAUGAACUCUUUGUUGGGUAAGCUGACAACCCUCAUGGGAAAGGAGUUUACGAGGCUGAAGAACCUGCGAAAAGAAGUGAGGUUCAUUAAUAAUGAGCUUAUCAGCAUGAAGUAUGCUCUUGAUGGGCUUUCAGAUCUAGAUGAGCUAGAUCCACAAACCAAGAGGUGGAGAGACAUGGUGAGGGAGAUGUCUUAUGAGAUUGAGGACAUCAUCGAUGACUUCAUGCAAAGCAUUGGUGAAAAUGAUAGAACUACUGGGCUUGUUAGCAAUACUGUUCGACGCCUCAAAACUUUGAGGGAUCGUCAUCGGAUUGCUGGACAAAUCGAAGAGGUGAAACAACUUGUGCUAGAGACAAGUGAACGUCAAAGAAGGUAUGAGCUUCGUAUACCCCCAUCAAGUAAUGUUGACAUUGACCCACGAGUCACUGCACUCUACACAGAAGUGGCUGACCUUGUCGGUAUAGAAGGACCAGCGAAUGAGCUUGUCAGUUGGUUAAUGGAUGAGGAGAAGAAGUUGAAGGCCGUAUCAAUUGUGGGAUUUGGAGGUCUGGGAAAAACAACACUUGCCAAUGAGGUAUACCGUAGGGUCAAGGGAGAAUUUGACACUCAUGCUCUCGUGACGGUGUCUCAAAAGCCUAACAUUCAAAAAAUUCUCCACACUUUACUAUCCAAACUUGGCACAGAGACAUCUAUUCACACUUGCGAGUCACGUCUUAUCGAAAUGCUCAGAGAACAUCUCCAAACUAAGAGAUAUUUGAUCAUAAUUGAUGAUAUAUGGGAUAUAUCAGCAUGGAAUAUUAUUAAAUGUGUUUUUAGUAAAAAUGAUCUUGCUAGCAGAGUAGUAGUAACUACAAGAAAGCAAGAUGUGGCUAUGACAUGUUGCUCCCGUGAUUGCAUUUUACAAAUGAAGCCCCUCACCAACGAAGACUCAACAAGGCUGUUUUUUGGUAGGGUAUUUGGCUCGAAAGAAGCUUGCCCUCCCCAGCUUAGAGAUAUUUCGGUUGAAAUUCUCAAAAAAUGUGGUGGUUUACCUCUUGCAGUUAUUAGUAUAUCUAGUAUGCUAGCAAAUAAAAAUUGCAACCAAAAGGAAAGGUGGGAAUAUGUACAAGAUUCUAUGGGCUCGGAAAGCAAUCACAUGCUUGACGGGAUGAGGCAAAUCUUAAACCUCAGCUACAAAGAUCUUCCUCCUUAUCUGAAGACAUGCUUGUUGUAUCUUGGUAUGUAUCCAGAGGACUACCAAAUAGAGAGGUCUAAUCUGGAACGCCAGUGGAUGGCUGAAGGUUUCAUCAGUAUAGAAAAUGGACAAGAUGUGGAGAAGGUUGCAAGAAAUUAUUUCAAUGAGCUUGUGAAUAGAAGCCUUAUUCAACCUGUAGAAUUCGAUAAGAGAGGGUCGGUGACAAAAUGCAAGGUUCAUGAUAUGUUGCUUAAUCUUAUCUUGAUUAAGUCAGCACAGGAGAAUUUUCUCACUAUAGUGGAUGACCCACAUGCCUUUACAAGACUGCAAUGCAAGGUCCGUCGGCUGUCUAUCCGCUUGGAUGGUGCAAGUAAUGGCCGAGAAAUAGUAUCGACAAAUAAUAGUAUGUCGCAGGUUCGGUCGGUUAUGUUCUUUGGGAGCUCUCAGAUUACACCUCCUUUGUCAGAGUUCAAGUUCCUCCGAGUUGUUCAUAUUGACCUUGAUGAUGCUGAAGUUGACCUCACUGGAUUGUGUAAACUUUAUCAGCUGAGGUAUUUAUGCAUUAGUGAUGGUUGUUCAUACCAGCUACCAACACAGAUUAGAGUGCUUCAACACUUGGAGACACUUGAGCUGUUUAGUUGUGACAGGGUUCCGUCAGAUAUAAUUCAUCUACCCCGUUUGAUGUUUCUGAAAGCUUGGACGAGGCUCCCUGAUGGGAUUGGCAAUAUGAAAUCCCUGCGUCAUCUAUUUGGAUUUGAUUUUACGUUGUACAAGCUAGAUAAUAUCAGGGGCCUUGGAGAGCUUACCAAUCUGAAAUUUCUAUAUCUCACGUGCGGCAUUCGUAAGGAUGACUGGGAGAGACGCAUGGAUGCUCUAUGCUCUUCUCUAGGAAACCUAUGUCACCUAGAGAACCUGUUUGUCGAUCUCAUCGGCUGCAUAGAUGGCUUCAUGCCAUUGUUUCCUCCGCCAACUCAUUACCGCCUUGAGAGACUUAUCAUGCAAUGGAGGUGCUGGUUUUCCAGGGUCCCUAGCUGGAUGGGGGAACUCCAUAACCUCUACCAGUUAAAAUUCAAAGUUGGUCAGCUGCUAACUGAUGGUGUUGGUAUCCUUGCUGAGCUGCCCGCCCUCACUCACCUCGAUGUAGAGACCGGAAAAACCACAAACAAAGUGAUUUCCAUCGAGAGAGGAGCAUUCCCUGCUCUAAAGAGUUUUAAGCUUCUAUUAAGUAGUGCUUCGCACUUGACCUUCCAGGCCGGAGCAAUGCCCAGGCUCCAAAGGCUGAAGCUAAAAUUCAAUGCACAUGGAUCGGAGCAGAUUGGGGCUGCACCUGCCGGCCUCGAGCAAUUGUUAGCACUUGAAGAGCUGACUGCAAAAAUCUGCUGCCACCGUGCUUCAGAGUCCGACAGGAGAAGUGCGGACUCUGACUUGAGGAGUGCCAUCGACAUGUUUCCAAGCCAUCUUCUAGUCAAAGUCAGCUAUGAAGAGGUUUGGAAUUUUGGUUUUUCUGAUGACUAGUAUGGUGGCUACGACUCGGCGGCAAGCAAGCUGGAUUGACCAAACACGUUUCCACACCGUUUGUAAGUAUCUCCGUCACGUCAACAGGGCAGCUUGCUAGGCAGGCACAGAAGGGUGUGACACUCCUGACCGGUGCCCUGUCUACGGAAGGCCAGCAGCAACAGCUCCUUAAUUCUAGGGUGCAUGUUUAAGAUGACACCAAUCAUCGGUCGGCGUCUUGGACUUUGUCUAACCGUCUGAUUUUACGCGAGAGUUUAUGUCCAUUCUUUCGGUUAGUCUAAAGUCUAUGUCAAGCAAUGCUACAUCUAUAUAAUUUAUUUACGUAAUGUUAUGCAGAGGCUGAUUUGAACGGCACCUGAUGACUUUUAUAUAGAGGGAACCAUCUAAUCUCUCGGGUUGCUGAUUUUAUUGAUCCUAUUUCUAAUGAGUGUGAUGUAGGACUGGUUAGACAAACUCUUUGGUCCA